CGGGAGGUUAUAAAAGCACCCACGCUGUAGUUUUCCAGUCACCUUCCACGCACAAAUUAUCCGGCGAAUAUCCCUUUUGACUGCCCUCAGCGGCCGUUGGAGCAGUGGGUCAAACAACGACGCUAACACUGGAGCUAUAAACAUUAACCACGGGGGCUCCCGUUUAACAACGCCACAGCAAGCCUACCAGCCAGCGCAGUGUCAUCACUUGUGACUCUCUCUGAAACGACUCGGUUUCGGAGAAGUGCAAAUUGAUACACCGCUAAAUAAAACCACUGCCGCCGCACAUCCUCCAGGGAACAAAAUCCCCCAAAUCAAAGCAAAAAUGGUGCAAAAUAAGAUUACCGAAGUCACUGGAUUCCACCGCUCUUUCAAGGGCCAAAAUCCAUUCGAAUUGGAGGACUUCACCAAGAAUGGGUCCCAUCACAUUGAUUCUUCCUUUAAUUUUGGUUCCGCCCCAAGACAUGACAUGCCUUCAAGCCAGCCUAUUGACAUUCCUGAUGCCAAGAAGAGAAACAAGAAGAAAAAGCGCUGCCGAGCAACGGACAGUUUCUCUGGACGAUUCGAGGAUGUCUACAGACUCCAAGAAGAAGUAUUAGGAGAGGGAGCGUAUGCCAGAGUGCAGGCUUGCAUCAGCCUGAUCACCAACAAAGAAUAUGCUGUCAAGAUGAUUGAAAAAGGACCAGGUCACAGCCGCAGUCGUGUCUUCCGUGAGGUUGAGAUGCUUUACCAGUGCCAGGGUCACAGGAAUAUUCUGGAACUGGUGGAGUUCUUUGAAGAGGAAGACAAAUUCUACCUGGUGUUUGAAAAGCUUAGAGGAGGGUCAGUCUUGGAGCAAAUUCACAAGAGGCAGCACUUCAGCGAGCAGGAAGCCAGUGUUAUUGUGCAUGACAUCGCCAGUGCUCUAGAUUUCCUCCAUAACAAAGGAAUGGCCCACCGAGAUCUGAAACCUGAAAACAUUCUCUGUGAGAGUGCAGACAAGAUUUCUCCAGUCAAGAUCUGUGACUUUGACUUGGGCAGUGGGAUCAAACUGAACAGUGACAGCUCGCCCAUCUCUACUCCCGAACUCCUCACCCCUUGUGGCUCAGCAGAGUACAUGGCACCUGAAGUAGUCGAAGCCUUCAGUGAAGAGGCUACAAUAUAUGACAAACGCUGCGACCUUUGGAGCCUCGGGGUCAUCCUCUACAUCAUGCUGAGCGGUUAUCCUCCCUUUGUGGGCCGAUGUGGCGGCGACUGCGGAUGGGAACUGGGAGAACCCUGUCACACCUGCCAGAACACUUUGUUUGAAAGUAUCCAGGAAGGAAAAUACGAGUUCCCAGAGAAGGACUGGGCUCACAUCUCCUCAAGUGCCAAAGACCUGAUAUCCAAACUUUUGGUUCGGGAUGCCAAAAAACGACUGAGUGCCAGCCAGGUGCUGCAGCACCCCUGGGUGCAAGGGGGAGCAUCUGACAUUUUAUCAACAUCCAUCAUCCAUCAGAGGAACAGCAGUGCCAUGGAUUUAACAUUCUUUGCUGACAAGGCUAUGGCUGUAAACCGGCAGCUAGCCGAACAGGACGGCAUGGAGGAGCAGCAGCAGCAGGAAGUCCCGCUGGUCGUAGCUGCUAGCGGCUCCUCCAUGCGCCUGUCACCUCCAUCCAACUCCAAGCUGGCCCGGCGCAGGCAGCGCAGCAGCCAGCUAAAGAGCGGCCCCGUCUCCGCUGCAGAGCUCUGCCAGCUCCUGGCUCCUCUCGUCAUCGUGGGAGACUGCGCUUGAACCGUUUCAUCCUGGAGUUCCUGAAACCUCAUUUACAAGGAUUUUCCAGGCUGGACUGCUCUGAUUCCCCCCAACCCCCUCCUCCCCAGUUUUGGCUCCUCCCUCUUUUUCCUCUCAAUCCGGCUUUGGUCCCGACCUGUGAAGACGGACGGCGCUUCCAGCCAUCCCUCUAAAUAAUGCCUUCUACCUUUAUGCAGCACUUCUGAAGCACAACUACACAGGGCCUGCAUAAUGGCACAUUCAGGUUGGGGAGGAGGGCCAGUUCAUGUUUUGGGAUAGUAUUUUAUUUUAUUUUUUCUCCUUCAUAUGACUCGGUUUAUAAGUCAGAACUUUAAGCUCAGACACCAAAGGACAACCUGUUGUGCUGCUCCCAUGUUACAACUGGAUCCACUGUGAAUUAAGUUAUCUGGAAUGUUCUCUUUGCCUGUAUGUACACGCAUGAGCGGCCCAUUUGCUGAAACAUACAAGCUUAUGCAAUAUGCCAAUAUGAAGGCUGUUCUGUCUGAAAAGGAUUCUGUAUCGGAGAGGCUGAACGGGCUGGAAGCCACUUCCUGUCUGUGCCUGGUGCAGCCCGUUCUGUGGUUAGACUGCUCAGAUUUAUUUUUUUCCCUCUCCAUUCUCUCAUUUGAGCUUCUGGAGCAUGCACUCAUCAGCCUGGUGGCCAUGCACUUAAUGCUUUAAGAGCAAAGAAUGUUAAUCGGUCCCUUUUCUGUCCAUAAUCCAUAAUGUGAUCUGGCCAUACAUGCCAAAUUAUCAGCAGCACUUCUUAUUGGAGACAUUCAGACCAGGUCUGAUGGUAUAAAAGUUGACAGUUUGCUAGUGCCUGACCACCCAGUACAGACUUUUAGCUUGUAUUACUGGUAUGUUGGUUCAGGCUAAUUUCAGAUUCUCUUAAAUGGCUUAGCAAGUGAAACUGGGUCAGUGUUACUUUCAGUGUAAGGAAUCCACGUGUCCUUUUUUUUUCUUUUCUUUUUUUUCUUUUUUUUUUUUUUUUUCUACAAACAGAUUUUGUAUAUAUAUUUUUUUUUUCUGAUGAAAUUGUGCAUUUGAUAUUUAACCUUAAAUAUUUUGCAAGUAAAGGUUAGAACUCCUUUAAGGGGUUUGAAAAAGCACAUGGCCACUGUGAGCAGACUAUCUUUUUGUUGUUUUUGUUUUACCCCCAUAAGAUGCAUCUGAAAUUUCAACCUUUUUUUUUUUUUCUUCUUUUUUGGGGGGGGGAGAGACGUACACCCUUUCCGGAACAACAAAACUGCUUUACAAAUAAAAAGCUGGUAAUAUUUUUCAGGAAAAAUGUUUUCAAAAAAGGAAAAACAUUCCACAAAAAAACAUUUGAAAUUAGCUGUAUUAUGAGCUUAUAUUUUAUCUUCUGACAACUCCACAUUAAUGUGCCACAUUUUUAUCUUUUAGAUGAGUGUAUUGUCUUUUUUUUAAAUCCUGGUGCUGUUCAGUUUAGAUGUAGCUCCAGAAUUUGUCCUUUAAUUUUUCUUUUGUUUUUUUAAGUUGAGAGUAUGCUGUAUGAGGUGAAAUACGCAAAGCUUGUUUAGUUUAUCUGGAGCGUUCAUGACCAGUGAAGGCAAGUUUUCUUUCUUUUUUCUUCUUCUUUUUUUUUUAAACUUUUGUAAGUGUGAAAGUUGGUAAUUAUUGUUCCAAUUACGUGAAAGGUAAUGGACUGGUGACAUCGUCUCAGCGCUGAAGCCAUUUCACCAAAGAAAGUGCAAGUUGUGACGAUGAACAUGUAAUCCAUCAUGUAGCAUUGAGAUGUGAGGAGACUGCUAUGUGUCCAUGUCCUGUUAGCAGCGCAGCGGCGGUACUCUGGAAAUGGUCUCAAAAAGGCCCCUUAAUGCUGAUAAUAGGACACUGUAAUAGUUCUAAAUACCUUUCUACAGACACAUCAUUAUGGGGUUUUAUGUCUUAUAAUAAGACUUACUUGAAGUUUAUAUAUGCAGCUGUUUCUUCUCCAGUGUUGGAAACUACUUUGCUAUCAAUCUUAAAGCAUUAAGCUGAUGAUCCAGGCAAUCUUUAGGGGUUUUGAAGAUACCUAUACAUUUCAGUAUUUUUUUUAUUUUUGCCUUUUUCUUUCCUUUGUAAGCUUCAUCCAAGUUGUUCCCUAUUUUCUGACAGGGCUGGAAACUUGUUAACGCACACACUUUGGCCACACUCUAAUAUCCUCACAGGUACAAUUAAGAGUUUGAUUGGUCACGACUAUUUCUAACAUCUGUCCGGUGGCAGUUUUUGUUCUGGUCUGCCUUCUUGUUUGCAGGGAAAAAAAGGGGGUGAAUUAAAUCUUGCAGCCUCUGUUUUUUUGUAUCGUUUGUCAAAAGAAAAAAAAAAGUGUUAAAAUACAGUCAUUCAAAUGGACAGUAUCACAAGCCUCCCCACAGUUUGAAUGUAGCCCACAGGCCAGGCGUCUAAAAAUCCAACAACAUGAAUCACAUGUUAUAAACGGCUCCUCUUCAUCGACAUGAGCUUAGUCUGUUUAUACCGAUGCAGUCCGCAAGCGUUUUAGUCAACUGAUGCCUAAUUUUAACACUGAACAGCCCCAGGCCUAUUGUGCUCAGGGGAAGAAAUUUAAAGUAUAAAAGUCCUUUAAGUACAAAACAUUUGAUUUAAAAUAAGCACUUUACUGUACCAUGUGAAUGAUUGCAGUUCACUCAAGGCAACAUUUGACAGUUGCAACAGAUUUUUGUAUUGUUUUUCUAAAAAAAAAAAAUGCAAUAAAAUGCUUUGAACUACA